AUGGCCGCCUGGAACGCAGCGGAGGCCGCCCUCCGGCUCGUGCAGGUGGGAAACACCAACACCGCCGUCACCAGCGCGUUCAGCAAGAUCGCGGCGGAAUUUCAGUGCAAGCCCGUGCAGGGCGUCCUCUCCCACCAGCUGAAGCAGCACGUAAUCGACGGCAACCGGGUGAUCAUCGGCUGCGAGACGGACACCGACAAGGUCGAGGAGUUCGAGUUCGAGAUGAACGAGGUCUACUGCAUCGACGUCGUCAUGUCCACGGGCGAGGGCAAGGGCAAGGACGACCGAGCUGCGGAACACCGUGUUCAAGCGGGCCGUCGACGUGGCUUACAGCCUGAAGACGCAGAAGGCGCCUGCCUCGCGUGA